CUCAUUUUUACACGUAGUUUUUUCCCCUUUAUUCGAGAACUUUGAUCGUGAAAUAAAAGAACUCCAAAAAUUAACUUUUCUUCAUUUUAUACACGAAUUUAGAGAAUACAAGAGGUUUAAACAGUUUAUUUACUUAAAAUAUAUCAAAAUAAAUCAAAAUAAUCAUGUCGUUAACGUGGACUUUAAUAGCUGGAUUUCUUUAUGCUGAAGUUGCAAUAGUACUUUUAUUGGUUUUACCAGUUUUCAGUGCUUCAAGAUGGAACCGAUUCUUCAAGUCGAGAUUCUUAGCUGCACUUUCACGACAAGCUCAGAUCUAUUUUUAUUUAAUGAUUGGUGUUUUAGUCAUAUUUUUGCUUGAAGCUAUCAGAGAAAUGAGAAAAUACUCAUCGGUUGAGGAAGAAACGACACUAAACUUGGGAAUGCAACACUCAAUGCGUCUGUUUAGAGCUCAACGCAACUUCUACAUCUCUGGAUUUGCUAUUUUCUUAGCUUUGGUGAUUCGUCGACUUAUUAUUCUUAUUUCGGAACAAGCUCAGUUGAUUGCACAAAGUCAGGCAUCAAUGAAACAGGCACAAUCAGCUACUCAAGCUGCACGUAAUUUGAUGACCGAAAAGAAACCAGAAGAAGAAGAAGGAAAGACUGAUAAUGAAACAGUUAAAUUGUCAGAAAAAGUUAAAGAAUUAGAGGCUGAAUUGAGAAAGGAACAAAAGGAUAAGGAAGCUUUAAAAUCACAAGCUGAGUCAUUGAACAGAGAAUAUGAUCGCUUGACUGAUGAGUUCAGCAAGUUGCAAAACAAGACAACAAAAGCAUCAGGAGAUAAAUCUGAUUAAUUUAUUUGAUUGUACUCUAUUAAUGUCCUGUGUGAUGGUUUAUCUUACCUCUAAUUCCUUAAAAUUAUAAAAAUUACUGCGAAUUAU